GAGCAUCGGCCCGUGGGCUAUAAAAGGAAAUGCUCGGCCGUUGCACGACGCAUUUAACCGGAUGAAUAUUAAAAAUGCAAUUGGUGAACCUCCUGUGGAUAGGUCUGCUGACGUUUCCGCAGGCAUUCGCCUUGGAUGCAUGUGCAGGACAAAAAUUUGGAUAUAAAGCCGUCGAUCCAGCAGAUCCUCAUGCAUACUACUUAUGUUUCGGCUUGCUGGGAAAAAUAAGAAACAAUUGCGCGGAGGGCUUUCGAUUUAAUGUGAAAGCACAGAACUGUGCACAAGUCCCUCAGUCAAACAUUCAACUGAAAAGUGCAGACAGUGGCGUUCGAAAUGAGUUCAACAUCAAUCAAAACAUAACCAUGGACAGGCCGAUUAUUUUUAAUAUCUUUGGCGGUCUGUGGAAUAGGCCACCAAUACCACCUUUCUUUCCACCAAAACCCACUUUCCGCCCACCAACGCCACCGACGCCACCGACAAUUGAAGUCUCAUCAACUGAGAGCUCAAGCUCCAGCUCUGAAGCCUCAUCUACGGAGAGCUCAAGUUCCAGCUCUGAAGCCUCAUCUACUGACACCACUGAGGAUACGACCGAGAGCUCAACUUCCACUUCUGAGAACUCAACUCCCGAAACCUCAGGCUCUACUUCCGAGGACUCAACUGAGGCAACCAGUUCCAGCUCUGAUGAUAGCUCAAGUUCCAGUUCAGAGGCAGUUUCGACUGACAGCUCCACUUCAGAGGAUGAUGAUCCAUCAGAAAGUUCUACGGACAGCCUUAACACUAGUUCUGAGGAAUCAUCUACUUCAGAUGAAACUGAUCCGGUAGAGAUUUUUACCGAGGCAUUACCAACUUCUUCGGCAGGAACUGAGACCGAGGAUGCCAGCUCCGAAGAUCCAUUAUCUACCUCUGAAAAUCCGUUUGAUGAAACCACUGAAAGUGAAGACACAAGUUCAUCAACUAGUGAAGCCCCGAUUCUCUCGAAGCCCAUAAGAGCUGAUGUGGGAAAGCUUGGUAAGAAAUUGGAGAGUAUUUUAUGGAUUCCAACAGACGUAGAAACAGUAGAAUCCCCUUCAGAGUUUGACAAAAGCGCGCGUUGUGCCCUUCUCCCAAGUGGAGCAUAUCUAAGAGAUCCAACGUCAUGUGCCAACUUUUAUGUCUGUGCUAAUGGACGCGCCAUUCUUCGAAAGUGUCCAAGAAAUUUGUACUUUGAUAUUGAGAGUAAGGUGUGCAACUUACCCAACCUUGUAGAUUGCUCUCAGCAACAAGAAUCCAUAUCCAUUCCAAAGCCAUUGACAUACAAUUUUGGCAAUACUGUUGGCAAUAGCAUAGAGACGACACAAUCCGAUGAAAAUGUCUUAGAAAAUAGUUAUAUAGCUGAUGAUGACUUGUCGACAUCUCUUGAUAGCUCAGCUGUUACCACCGACGAUCUAGAUGACGAGUUAGAUGAAGACUCAGAAACAUCAGAGUCACCAACAUCAGUGUACACAGAAGAGGAUAUCUUCGACUUUGAUGUAUUCAACACCAAUAAUUGGGAUGACACUAAUUAUUUUGACGAAGAAUCCAUUUGCAGCUCGCAGCCAAAUGGUGUACAUUUGAGACAUCCAAACUCAUGCAGUAAAUUCUACAUAUGUGCAAGUGGGCGUGCUGUUUUGCGAAGUUGCCCAUCCAGCCUGUAUUUCGAUAUAAAGAAAAGAGUUUGCAAUUUCCCUGCUGCUGUUGACUGCAGUAUUAUCGAAGACGACAGUAGAGAUGACGGAAAUCCAUUCCAGCUGACUGAUAAUCAGCCCAACCUACUCCUAGCAAAUACACUUAGAAGAGCAAAGUCUCCCAAAACACAUCAAAUUGACAGCGUCACAUCAGGCAGCACCUCUAUUAAAGUCUCUGCAGCAAAGAUGGAGCAAAACAAGUCAUCUGCAACUGAGAUUCUAAAGACAAACAAUGCGGCACUAUCCUCAGCGAAACCUCAUAUCUUACCUUCACAGAAUGCGAAUGCGCCAAAGAAGCAAGGCAACCUUAAUAACGAUCUUAAGUAUAAGGGAUCGGCAUCUUCAACGGAAAGAGUUACCUCAAAGGACACAUCAGAAGUAGAGCAAAUGCAAAACAAAUUGUCUGUAUCUGAGAAUAUCAAAUCUAAGGAAAAGCCACUAGCUUCACCAAUAUUGAAUGAAUCCAAUGAUCAAGGCAAACCAAAUAUGGCUCAGAGUCUGAAAACAGAUCUAUCAAAGGAUCAGGGUAAAUCAAAUAAGGAUCUGACAUCUAAAGCAGCGGCAUCAUCAUCAACGAAGACCGUUAUCGCAAAGUUCACCUCAGAAGUAAAGAAUGAGCAAAGUAAACUUUCCGUAUCCGAGAGCCUCAAAUCAAAGGAAACGUCACUACCUUCAACAGUAACGGAUCUGUCCAAGGAUAUAAAUAAACUAGAUAAGGAUCUGACAUCUAAAGCAGCGGCAUCAUCAUCAACGAAGACCGUUAUCGCAAAGACACAUCAGAAGUAAAGCAAGAUAAAAGCAAACUGUCUGUGUCUGAGAACACCAAAUCUAAGGAAACGCCUCUACAUUCACCAAUAUUAAGUCAAUCCAAUGAUCUAGGCAAACAAAACAUGGCUCAGAAUCUGAAAGCAGAUCAAUCAAAGGAUCAGGGUAAGCCAAAUAAGGAUCUGACAUCUAAAGCAGCGGCAUCAUCAUCAAC